UUGAACCAAACGAGAAAUAAACAGCUGUAAAGGAUACGUACAAAAGUUUUCUUACCAUUUGGGUACGGAACCCCAAAAGCGAUGGAAGAGAAACGCAGUUGGACCUGCGAAGAGGUGUUAUCCCUCAUAGAAUAUUUCAAAAAAUACCCAAACCUAUGGGACAAACGCAACAUCUACUACAAAAGUAAAAUUAAAAAGCAUAACGCUUACAAGGAAAUGGCGGCAAUUUUUCAGACGAACACGACGGAAAUUGACAGGAAAAUUAAGAAUAUAAUCUCGCAGUAUCAAAGGGAAAGGAGGUACUAUAAGAAGUUCAAAAAGUCUGGGGUUGGCGGUAAUUUUAUAGCGAAAUGGUUUGGUUAUCACGCCAUGAGCUUCAUGCACGACGGAAGUCAACGGGGAACAAGUGAACCCUGGGUAUACCAGAACAGUGAUUCAGGCGAUCCAGAAACCUUAUCAGAUAUCCAUGGCCCAAUCUGUGAAGCUCUUCAUACAGAAGAAGCGGAGGUGCCGGCUAUGUUAUGUGAGGUUGACAUGGAUGUUAAAACAGAAGAUGAAAAACCAUUAGUUUUACCAAACACAGACAAACCCCAGCAAGCUGUGUUAAAACUACCAAGAGUAAUACAAAAAAAUCAAGAAAACCAUGCUUCAAAAAAUGUGCUUCAAACAUUGGAAUCGAUAUUUCAAUCAAGAAAUUUUAUCUUACAGCGCGAUGAAUGCGAUGUAUUUGGAGAAAUGGUAGCGCAAAAUCUUAAACAGCUAAAAACUGAAUACGCCAAAGUAACCGUUCAGAAUCGAAUAAAUAACUUACUCUACGAAGCCAGACUUGGCCGUUACGAUCAUCCACCAAGUGCAGAGUUAAACACAUCCAUGGCUACUCCCUCUUGUUCUACCACCAGCGAUCAGGUUGCAACAUCUUCCAAGACAGAUGAUAAUUAUUAAUUAUACAUUGGGUAA